AAUAACAAGGAGACGUAAAAUGUAAAAAAUAAAAACAUUAUAAUGUAACUAUGAAAAAAGUUUUAUUCUUCAAGACAAAGAAAAAUGAGUGCGACGUUUUGCAAAUUGUUUCGUUACUGCUGGUUCUACCCCCCAUUUUGCGAGCUCAGAAUACCGUGGGCUGUCCCGACUUAAUAAAAACUAACAAAUGUUCUUGUUACACAUUUGAAGACGGCUUGUUUCUUGAUUGUCAGGAUACGGCUUCAAAAGACAUAAAAAAUGCUCUUAAAAGUGUGUCUGACAUACACUCACUUUCCGUUUACGACCUCGACGACAACGAAGAAGCUCUGGGACCCCAUUUUAUACCUCAAGGCGUUUAUAAUGUUAUCCUAUGCAGCUGCCAAAAAGAUAAUGCUUGGGUGUGGAUCCAAGAUCAUCCUAAAGUUAUAAAAUCUAAUUUAGUUACUUGCCAUAACAAUGAAUAUCCGAAGGAAAAAUGCGACGUUCCAGUGAUAUCUCAGCUCUCCGUAGAUAGACAUAAGGACAAUUCUGUAUCAGUUUCGUGGUUCAUUAGGAACCGCACUGCUAUCAAAGCGUUACAAAUUCUGUAUUACGGUGAAGAUGGCCACACAGAUGUAAAGUCAAAAUACUUAGAAAAGAGUGAAGUGUCAGUUCAUAUUAAGGACCUAGAGCCAAAUGUAAAUUAUGUGGUGUGCGUCAUCGCGUUAUCCGAAGAACCAGUUGACUACGAGGAAGAGAUAAUAAUGGCUGAAGUUAAUAAAACAAUUGACGACAAUGCCAACUCUACUGUUAGAAUCACGCAAGAUGUAGCAGCAGCGAUACUAAUGCGAUCUCCUUCAAGCGAAUGCGUUUCAUUUAAUACAUUUAGGAAGCCGGCAACCGUAAAAGCUAAAGCGAAUAAAAAAUUCCAAAUAUCGUCAAUUUUAAAUCGCCGAAUGGGCUUAAUAGUCGGGUGCUCGUUAGGGUUCGUUGUGUUUUUUAUCAUGGUUUCCGUUUUGCUGUACACAAAAAUAAAAGAAAGGAAAAGAAUUGCCAAAUCCGACCCAGCGUGGUCGGAGAUGAACGAUUACCAUUCAAUGGCGAGUAAAGAUGAUAUUUUACAAAGUUCCACUACAGCUUCCACAGACAACAUUCUGUUGGGUAUGGCAAAAAAUCGUAAACAGUCUUUAGAUCAUUUGAACUAA